CAUCCACCCCCGUGACACCGACCCUACACCGCCGCCCCUCGAUCCCCUUCCCAGGCUCGCAGGAGCGCCGCUCCCAUACCCGCUUGCGCCGCCGCUUGCCCUCGCUCCGUCAGCCGGCGCUCGUCCUCCGAUUCACCCCCACCGCGCAGAUCCUCCGAUUGACCCGCAUCCAUUCGCCCGUCGCCCUCGCCAACCCAAGCCGCCGCAGAAGCCAGUGCCCCCGUGCGGCCGUGCGCCUCCCUCCGCCUCCGCCUCCGCUCCGACCGCCUCCGUCUGCGCCUCCGCCUCCGCUCCGGCCGCCUCCUCCUCCACCUCCGUCACCAACUAAACAUGGAAAACGAAACCCUAACCACCGGUCGUCGCCCACCCACACCACCGGUAUCGGCGCCGGUAUCGGAAUCGGCAUCGUCAAGUGGAUUGGAGGCUCCUCCAGGCUCAGGAGGUCCCUCGGGGGGGCGGACCUUCGCUUGGCGCCUCCUCGACGACGGCGAGGCGGAGGACACCGGGGCGAUGGAGGAGGAUCCCACGCGUCGCGUCUGCUUCUCAGCCCCCGUCGCAGCCGAGUCUGGUGGACUUGGUUAAGCCGGGUUUGGCAAGAACACAGGCGGAGGCGAGGGAGGUGAUGGAGCAGACAGAGAGGGGGAAGCAGCGGAUGCUCGAAUUCGCCAAGGAGCUGGAGAAUAUGCCGGAUGACGAGCCUUGUUUCUCCGAGGAGGAUCGGGCCGGAUGGCGCCACUUCAAGAACAAGUUCCCGGGAUACAUUCGCUGGAUCGCCGAUGGCAAUGUGAUCUUCCGCCCCACACCGCCACCAAGUGAUACGCAUGAAGAAGACUUGACCGCUGAGCAGAUGGAAGAAUGCCUUACUGGCCAUGAGAUUUGCCCUCAGGCACGCCACUUUGCCGCCCUUGCCCUCAAGCACUACAACUCCAAGAGAGUGCAUAAGUUUGUGAUGGCAACUGUUCUUCUAUCCAAGUGUUUCACUGAGCAUGAUGGUGUGACGUAUGGCCAUGUCAACUUCACAGCAGCUCCACAGGGUCAGGUGACGUCACUUGCAACCAAGAGGUUGUUUUUCGCUGAGCUCAUGCUGGUUCCAGAACUGCAGAUGGAUGAGACUGCUGAGCCUAUGCGGGUUGUCAAUGUGUGCACCAUAGAUGGUUCUUGUUAUGGUGGGUGCCACCUGAUAAAACGGGAUAUUAAGAAAUCAAUAAGGAAUAAGAUGGACUACGACCGUUGUCAUGCCUGCAGUGAUCGCAUUAAACACCCAAAAGGUGAUCAGUUCAUUGGUGGACAUAACUCUACUAGAAUGCCAUACUACAGCGCAUUCCCGUGUGUCAACAAAAAGUAGAUGCCCUAUCCCAUAGUUUUUUACUUAUAUUUUUCUUGUUGGCUUGUACUUUACUAAAAUUUGGUCUAUGUUAUGGAAUUGUUUGAAUGCAGUCCCCUUAUGUAUUUAAAUAUCACGGCCCAUUGACCAAAUAAUUGUGUUUGGAUCAUUGCCAUGGAGAAAAGCGGAACAACAUGCUAGCCAA